GCACGACGGACGUCGGGCGCGACGUCGAGUCCUAUCACUUUCUCACGGCCUAAAACGAUUCGCUCCGUUCAUGGUUUCCUUCAAUGAGACGGAACGCGCGCGAGAAUACGGUCGUGUGUUAGAGCGUUUUUCAACGAUGUCGUCUUGAAAAGAGGAAGAAAGAUUAAAAAAGAAAGAGAAAACGCGAGAGCUCGUCGCUCAAGGGCACAAGUCGAAGAUCGGUACUGGUGCGAUCGCUCGGUGAGACGAGUUUCCGAGGAUUUCUUGAAACGCGCGCGGAAAGGGACCCGCCGAUCCGGGAAUGCCGAUCGUUCUGUUCCCGAAUAAAUACGCGGGUCGGUUUUUCGUGAGCGGUUUUUGCGCAGCAUCGAGAAAUCCGAAUUCACCCCGAGAAUACACCGGUAUCUUGGCUCGGAAACGGAGCAGAAGCGCGUCCUCCGACGUCUCCGAUCGACGUCGUAUCGAUGAUGAUUAUCGGAGGGUGACGGAUUGACGGUGUACGAUUCCCGGUGUGUGGGCCUCCGGCCUACUCGAGUUCUCAAAAAGAACGCGUCGACCGAUCGUAGCCAUUAAUCCCAAGCCGGGACCUUGACACGUGCCCUUUCAUACUUAAGACACCGUGUCUACGAUAUAUUCCUACUUCCUGCCACGUGGAAAUCACCGACAUUCCCCGCUGUUCUCUCUCGUGAUCCUACGAAUUCCUCCGUGCACGUGGGGACUCGGAACGACCGAAACGAGCCAUUGUGAAACCAUGCUUCGUAACGACGACGAAGGGCGAGUUUGGUGAAAAUGCGGUAUCGUGCCGUCUGAGCGGGACAAGAACGGAAAAAGCCGCACGGCGACUGUGGGUGAGUGUAUGUGGACGUAAGCUAAUAGUUGUGUGCGUGAUCGUGUAUUGCCUGCUGGGCCUCUGUGGCCGCGGUGAAACGAGAAAGGACGAAGAGAUGGCGGAAAACGGCGACCGUGCCGCAGCGGAAACCACCGUAGUUCGGUCGUCCGAGGACGAAGAGCAGCGGAAGGAGCUGUACCCCGAGACAGUGGAAUGCAAGAACUUUACGGCGGAGGGCUGCGACGCGAAAGACGAGAAAGUGGAGAGUGAAGGGCAGGAGGAGGGGAAUCAUUGUAGGACGGAGAGCAAGUCGGACCAAGCGUUGAGGCUACAAACACCGACACAGCAAGCGCAGCAGACCGACAUGCAAGCCGACAGAAAAACUAAUACAAGUCCGGACCACAUAUCGGAUUCUGCAUUUAACAACUCAAGGGUGUACAAGAAAUCCUCGCUGAACAACAAGUUGACAUUGUAUCUAGCAAGCAGAGAUCUUAUUGUCAGUGAAUCCAAGAUCGACAAACUCCAAGGUGUCCUUUUGGUCGAUCCCGACUACUUACAGGAGAAAAAGGUGUACGGUCAAGUGACGUUGACUUUCCGUUACGGCAGAGAAGACGAGGAGGUGAUGGGCCUAAAAUUUUGCAACGAAGCGGUCAUGUGUCUGGCCCAAUUGUAUCCACCUUACGCAGGCGCUGAUUAUCAGGAAAACACGACACAGCUACAGGAGGCACUUAUCAAGAGGCUAGGGCCAAACGCCCACGCAUUCACCAUGGAAAUCACCCCACUGGCCCCACCAUCCGUGCAACUGGUACCAGCCAAGGAAUACAGCGGUGCACCUAUAGGUACCAGCUACGACGUCAAAGCUUACGUCGCGGAGCGGGCGGACGAAAAAUUUCACCGUAAAACUACCAUCAGAAUGGGUAUUCGAGUAAUCCAGCGAACCACGAAACCGCCUUUACCCUCCACGACUAUGUACAGCGUGCCUCCCUUUCAAGUGUUAUCGAUUCCCUCGAGAAUUCAAGUAUGCAAAACGAGAAUGGAGUCCACCGAAAAUGAGAUCAUCGAGGAUGACGAAAACAUGGGACCACACGCAGCGGUGGAAAAGCCAUUUUUACUAAGUGACGGUCGUGUCGGAUUAGAAGCGAAGCUAGAUCGUGCGAUCUACGCUCACGGAGAUUCAAUCACUGUCCACGUCUACGUCAGCAACAACAGCAGCAAGUCCGUAAGAAGGAUAAAGGUAUUUAUCGUACAGCACGUGGAUGUUUGUAUGUUCAGCAACGGCAAGUUCAAAAAUGUUGUGGCUCUCGUGUCCUCGCAAGAGGGAUGUCCUGUGGGACCGGGUGGCACUUUAAUAAAGAGCUACUCUCUCAGGCCUAUUAAGGGUUCGACCAAGAAUUGGAUUGCCUUGGAGGACAGUUACACAAAAACUGGCGCAACCUUGGCAUCAACGGUUAUCUGCCCCGGAAAUGGACCCGAGGAUAGGAACGUCUUUGCCAUUUACGUUUCUUAUUAUGUGAAGAUUAAACUGCUGGUCUCAGCAAUGGGCGGUAAGGUUUCUUUGAAGCUGCCGUUUACAUUGAUGCAUAGUAACACAGAUCCAGAUCUCGUGGGAUUCCCAUCACCCGUCCGAGAGCCACCGAAGCAAUUUGGCAAGGACGCGAAUGAGAUUACGGACAAAUCGAGCAAAUCGGAUGGCAACAAUCACAGGAAGAAGGAGAAUAAGCUAGAGGCCAUCAAAGAGCAGGAGAAGGAAUCGAGAGUGACCGACGUAGACCUGAUAGAGCAUUGCGAGGAAAGCGACAGCACCUGAGAGCGGGCGCAACGAGGCGACGCGACGUCGCGACCGUCUGUCAGAAAGAACAGCGAUACGAAGACCAUUAAGAAUUCAAACCACAAAGCUUGCAGACUCAGCGUCAGCAUCCAGAGAGCCUGGUGCUGCUUCAGAAGAGCCUCUUAGUAAACGAAUGCGUGGAAAUCACUUUUUCAAAGCACCAGACCGUGACAGUCCUCAGUAGCAUUCGCUACCACCGUUUCGUCGUAAUUCCUUCUAUUUUUUCAGAGGGAAAUACGGAUACAUUGCGAAGAGCGCACGGGAUAUGUAAGAAAUAGGAAAACAAACGGCGUAUCCUGUCAAUUCUCACCAGAUGGCUUUUCGUUGUAAAUAUAGGUCACGCACGUUUCUGAGAGAAGAAAGAAAUGCAAAUUCUCGGAAAUUAAUCACGCGGUCUCGGAAAACGAAUGAAUAUCCCGCUGAGCUUUGCGUAUCGCGGAGAAAUUUUUUUUCAGAAACAAGACUAUAUGCGAUUGUAUAAUUGAGCGAUUGUACUUUAUGAAGUAUCGAGCGUUGAAACGUUAUAUGUGUUACGUUCGUUUCUCUUUCGUAUGUCGUCGCGCAGGUCACAACGGGGUUUAACUGCUCUCGAUAAAAGAGGAACAUUUAAAUGAGUGUCAUUGUUGUAAUUAAGUGUGUGAGUUACAAGCUGUUUGACGUAUCAUGUGGAAGUCGUAUCCAGCAUGGGAGAAAACAAAUUCAACCGAAAAAUGAUUUAUUGCUGAACUUCUGUUUAAAACUUUUAAUACGCGAUAAGAAAGAGAAUCUUUCGAGAGGUAUAUAUUCCUGUAUAUUAUUUAUCACGCUGGAUAAUACUAUGGUGAUAUAUGUAAUAUAUUCUUAUAGUCUGUAUACGAAAAUUAUCGCUGAUUAUCUGAAGCUUUGUCAGUGUAAAUCGCUUGGAGCUUUCUUUGCGUUUAUAAAAUAUCUCCCUCCCCAUCUAAUAUAUGAGAAAUCUCCUACUGCCACUUUAGUCAUUUACCUUACUCGGUUACAUAGUAACCAGAUUCCGCGUUUGCAUUCAUUUUGGGAGCACGUAACGAAUGACGCGAGACGCGCACUUAUUCUUACCUAUAAACUACAAAUUUACCUACAAACGUCUAUAUAAAAAAAAAGUAAUAUAUACCGAAUUAAAAAUAUCAAAUAUAUUUUUUCAAAGAGGUAGAUACCUAUUUUUUAUUAUAAUAAUCGAUAUAUAAGUUGUUUCCUAUUACUGGAUAAAAUUUUAAUGAUAGAUCCCUUAGCGAUUACAAAGCCAAUUUAUUUAUUUAUUUCAAUCAAAAUUUUUAAUAAGAAGUCGUAACAUCAGUCAAUAUUUCGAUAAACAUUUUGACAAUUAAAUUUUAAGUGAAAUAUUUUUGUUAAGGUGAAGUUGAUUAUGUUUUCAAAUAUAAUUGCAAAUCUCGAAAUUCAGUUUUGUACGUGUACCCUUAUUGCUUUAUGCACAAAAACAGUUUCAAUUUUUUAAUUAUAUUCAAAAACGAUAAAGAAUUUAUCUUUGAUAUUUCACCCAGUGAUGAUGGAAUACUCUACAUAAUUAUAUUUUUUCAUUUGCAAAUAAGUAUCUUUGACUGACCAAUGAAAAAUAACCAACCAAGAUGCAAACUAACGACAAAAAUAUACCGCAGUAAU